AUGUCUUUAAAGCGUAUUAAUAAGGAGUUGGCCGACUUAGGCAGAGACCCCCCAUCUUCCUGUUCAGCCGGUCCAGUCGGUGAUGACUUGUACCACUGGCAAGCAUCUAUCAUGGGACCCCCAGACUCACCAUAUGCUGGAGGUGUAUUCUUCCUUUCAAUCCAUUUCCCCACAGAUUACCCCUUCAAGCCUCCAAAGAUUGCCUUCACCACAAAGAUCUACCACCCUAAUAUCAACGGAAACGGAAACAUUUGUUUAGACAUAUUGAAAGACCAAUGGUCCCCCGCCUUGACUAUUUCAAAGGUAUUAUUAUCUAUUUGUUCGCUUUUAACAGAUGCUAAUCCUGAUGAUCCAUUGGUUCCUGAAAUUGCCCAUAUCUACAAGCUGGAUAGACCUAAAUACGAGGCUAUUGCUAAAGAAUGGACAAAGAAGUAUGCCGUUUAG